CUUCCGAUUUUGAAGUACCGAAGGGUGUUCUUGGAUUUGUUGGAAGACAAUCGGAUAAUUCUCGUGGACGGGAGAACUGGCACGGGGAAAUCGACGCAGAUCCCCCUCUAUGCAUUACAAAAGUAUCGUAUUUCUAAGUAUAAAUCGCAUGACAAUUUAGCUUAGCAUUGCAAGUGAAAUUUGUAAUGCGGUUUUACCUUUAGGAAAGAGAUAUUGUGAUGCAUAGCAGCAAUGCGAUACUUUUGCAGUUCAUACCCUGUACAUCGCCGACGAGAUGCGGACGGUGAUGGAAACGGAACUGCAAAAACCGGAAAUGCAGCAGGAUUUACUCAGGUUAAGAAAACCGCGGAUCAUUUUGACGCAGCCCAAGCGUUUAGGUGCGAAAACGCUGGCAGAAAGUCUGCUGAAGAUGCAAAACGAUGCGACGCGGAAAAAGAUG